CCUUACUUCACACUGAGCCAUUGCUGGGGCACGUCUCAGCGCACAUGCCUAAUGAGCAAUGCCUUCCGCGCGUUUGCAGACUUUACUUCGUUUUCUGGCCUACCGAAAACCUAUCAGCAUGCCUUUCUUGUCACUUUUUCGCUAGGAUACCGGUUCAUUUGGAUCGACUCGCUCUGUAUCGUCCAAGACGAUGAGGAAGACUGGAAGGCUCAAGCUUCGAUGAUGAGCUCGGUCUAUAAAGGUGCCUGCUGUAAUAUCGCUGCGACAUGGGCUCCAAACGGAGAUUGGGGCUGUUUUAUUCCGACAAGAGCAUCACCUUUGAUUACAUUGGAUCUCGGGCUUGGCCAGGCUAUAGCAUAUAAGGUUUCACUGGCAGCAUCCAACCAGUAUUACGACGAUCUAGUAGAGGCCCCGCUUAACCAACGCGCCUGGGUUGUUCAAGAGCGAUACCUAGCAAGGAAGCAGUUAAGCUUUACCAGGAGUGGAGCAUAUUGGGAAUGCCACGAGCUAGUCGCCUCGGAACAAUUUCCCACCGGUGUCCCUAAGGAAUCGCGCGACUUUCGUCCUUAUAGCCACGCCGGGCCACCCACCGGCAAACCCACCGUGAAUCUCGACGACCCCAUCACUCUUCAAGCUGCCUGGGUAGCGCUGGUGGACUUCUACUCGGGUUGUCAGCUGACUAAGCUCUCUGAUAAGACGGUGGCACUCGCGGGCCUGGCAGAGGAGGUAAGGAGAGCUAUGGAAGAUGAGUACCUUGCGGGACUUUGGAAGAAAGACCUCGUAAAACAAUUAUGCUGGGCGACGGAUUUUGAUGUUCGAAGAAGAGCUAAGCGACUCCGGAUACCAACUUUCGUAGCACCCACCUGGUCUUGGAUGAGUGUGGACGGACCAGUU